AUGACACUAAUUGAAGAAAAACAUCAAAAUCAUUUAACCCCACAAACAUCUGCAUAUCAUCAAAAUGAAAAUAUUUCUCCAGAUAAUCAACAACAAAUUGUUUGUACAGAAGUUUCUGAAGCAAUUCUUGCUCAGGGUAUUGAUGAUUUAACUAGCUGGGCAGCCGUUCAAUGUGCAAUAGCAGCUGCAUAUGGAUGUUUAUUUUUGUUAGGAUUACUUGGAAAUGGUUCUGUUUUAUUAGCUUUUGCUCAAAAUAAACGUCUUCGUUCAACCAGAAAUCUUUUUCUUUUAAAUUUAAUACUUACUGACAUACUUUUGUGCCUUACGGCCGUCCCAGUAACUCCUUGGUAUGCUUUAACAAAAGAUUGGGCUUUUGGCCCUUUAAUGUGCCGACUUGUUCCUCUUUCAAAUUCUUGUGCUGUUUUUGUUACUUCUUGGUCACUUUGUGCUAUUGCUUUAGAUAAAUUUUUACAUAUAAUCGACCCAACAAGAGGACAAUUUUCAUUAAGAACAGCAGCUACAAUUACUUUUGUUAUUUGGAUUAUAUCUACUUUGUUAAACAUUCCUUAUUUACUUUCUUAUAAAUUAGUUAAUGGUGAUUAUUAUGUACCUCGUAAUUCAACCCCAUUUUGUGGACAAUUUUGUGAUGAGCUUAAUUGGCCAGAUGAUACACAAAGAAGACUUUAUGGAACAGGAGUUAUGCUUUUUCAAUUUGUUUUGCCUAUGGCAAUAAUUACUUAUUGUUAUUGGAGAAUUUUAAGAAAAGUACACAAAGAUAUGAUUGUUCAAAAUGCCCAAUUUUCUCAAUCAUUAAGUAACACACAAAGAACAGAUGCUUUAAAUAGAAAAAAGAGAGUUAAUUAUAUACUUAUUGGAAUGGUUAUUGCCUUUAUUGGUUGUAAUACCCCAAUUACGGCUGUUAAUUUACCAUUUUUAUGGCCUUUAAUAGCUCAUGUUAUUGCAAUGUCAGCAGUUAUUUGGAAUCCUUUUUUAUUUUUUUGGUUAACAGCAAAGGACAAACAAAAAGGUGCAAAUCUUAGUGGUAUUGCUACUGCAACGAGCGAAAUAAUAACUUCAUUAGUAUCACGUAUGCACAGUUUAAGAAGUAAUAACGGGCAAUCUAAAGAUGAGGAUAUUCGUUAUAAACGUCGAUUUGGCCGAAAGACUGCCCGUCAUUUAUAUAGAGCAGAAUCAGAAACAACAACAAGUACUAGCCAUCGAAGACAAAUUUUAUCAAAUGGACUUACUUUUAGUGAUUCCCUUCGAUUAAAUGGUUAUGGAGGGAAUAGACAACAAUGGAUUCAAAUGCGUCCAUUGGUAAUAUUCCAAAAUGGACAACAAUUUUAUAAAGAAAAUUGUGGCAACGAAGAUAUUAAUCAAACAGAAAAUAUUUCAAAUAGCAGUAGUAAUGGAGGAAGGAGAACAACUUUAAAUAAAACAACUUCUUUAGGUGUUGACGCUAUUUAA